AUGACCUGCGAGAUGGGAUGGGAGCAUGCAGACGCUAACUGGCGCUGCGUCGCCCUCCGCGGGUGGCUUGGGGCGACGGAUGCUACCUGCCCUGACACCGUCGUGCUCGGCGUGCGGAGCCAUCUGCAGGCCGCGUCUCCAGUGCGGAUGGGGCCUGACGCGUGCGACGUGCCCUGUUUGGCCAUGUUCACGAGGGCUGGACUGAAAACGUCCUGCCACAUGAAACAUGGCCCGGCGGCAGAGCCCCGACGCGGCCAGCCAUUGGACGGCCUCUUUGCCGAUCGCGAUGACGUGCUCUGGGUUCGCAAGUUCAACCGCGGCGAGUUUCACGUCCCGAGAACCAACACGCCGCGUUGGCGUGGCACAUCCCGUGAUGGGAAGGAAAUCCCGGAGCAAGGCCUGACCCUCCCGGACGGCCGCCACAUCCCCGCCGGCACGACGGUCGGGCUCAACCCGGCCGUGGUGCUGCGCGACCGUGCCGUCUACGGGCCGGACGCCGACGACUUCCGCCCCGAGCGCUGGCUGCUGCGCGCCCAUGACGACGACGACGACGCCGACGGGGCGGGGAGCGAGCGCCGGCGGCGCAGGAUGGAGGAGGUCGCCUCGUUCGCGUGGGGCGGCGGCAGCAGGGCCUGCCUCGGGCGGCAGCUGGCCACCGUGGCCCUGUACAAGCUCACGGCCAUGCUGUUCUCGCGCUACGACCUUGAGCCGCAGGGCGGGCCGGACGGCGGGUGGGCGCUUCGGCCGCACCUCUUGAUGGCGAGUGGGGGGAUCAAGGUCAAGGCCUCGCUCAGGCCGUAG